UCACAGCAGUUUCACCCAUUCUGUUUCUGCUCUCACCACUAUACAUUGAGAAUGAAGCUCAAACUGAAGACUGUGUUCCUGCUGUACUUUAUGGUCUCCCUCCUCGGCCUCAUCUAUGCUCUAAUGCAGCUAGGCCAGCGCUGUGACUGCAGGGAACAUGACUUGCCUAAGGACCGAACCAUCUCUCAAUUGAGAGGAGAGUUACAUAAGUUGCAAGAACGAAUAAAAAAAUCAGAGGCAUCAAAAGCCUCCAGGCAAUCUAGUUUGCCAACAAUCUAUGUAAUAACACCUACCUAUGCAAGACUGGUGCAGAAGGCCGAGCUCACACGCUUGCUCCACACUUUUCUGCAUGUACCCCAGCUCCACUGGGUCGUGGUGGAGGACUCUCCCAGUCCGACACAGCUAGUGAGAAACUUUCUGGCUGUGUCUGGACUGACCUACACUCACCUACACAUGUUGACGCCUAAAGACCGGAAACUACAGGAAGGUGACCCUCACUGGCUGAAGCCUCGUGGGGCUGAGCAGAGGAACGAGGGUUUGCGCUGGCUCAGGGAGAAGGCUGCUGCUGCUGGGGCGAAAGGGUUAGGCUUCGAGAGUGCUAUAAUCUACUUUGCUGAUGAUGACAACACAUAUAGCCUGCAGCUCUUUGAGGAGAUGCGUUACACUAAGAAAGUCUCUGUUUGGCCGGUGGGUCUGGUGGGGGCUAUGAAGUUUGAGCGGCCUGUGGUGGAGAAUGGGAAGGUGGUUCGUUUCCACACUGGAUGGCGACCAAACCGUCCCUUCCCCAUUGACAUGGCUGGCUUUGCUGUGUCCCUGAACCUGGUGUUGGCCAAUCCUGAGGCUUGGUUUGAUGGCAAUGCUGAGAUGGGCUUCCUGGAAAGCAGCUUCCUCCAGAACAUGGUUACCAUGGAGGAGCUGGAGCCCAAAGCUGACAUGUGCACUAAGGUGCUGGUGUGGCACACGCGUACUGAAAAGCCGAAGAUGAAAAGAGAGGAGGCUCUUAUAAAGCAGGGGUUAGGAUCAGAUCCCAAUGUGGAGGUGUAAGCUCCAACAACACCCUGGUACAUCCCAGUUACAAAAACAUAUCCUGCUGUAGCGUUAACCUGAGAACGUUCUUCUUUCUUUAAGUAUAUUUAAGUAUGGGAGGUCUGUGUACUCUUUUCCAGGAAUCAUGACACUGUAUUAACUGUUUGGUUAUCAUUUAUUUGGGUGCAUGAAUGAAUGCUGUUUUCUAUUUAUAUAUUUAUUUAUCAUUCAUUGUAUUAUGUAGAACACAUGUAGAUGUUCAGUGUUUCUGCCUCAUGCCUGUAAAUGUUUGUCUUGUACAAUAACAUAUUAUAGCUAUGAUCAGGGAAGCCAUUAAUCAGGAGUUCUGGGGUGAGGAGGAUGCCAAGGGGCCAUAGUUAGCAGUGUAGCCAAGGGGUUCAAUGAGACCCUAGGGAACCAAAAUCACCAAAAAUUGUACUAGCUAUAUACAUAUUGAUCUAAAUGAGUUAAAAUAAAAGACAUUUUACACAAGCUUCCUAGUUUUAUUCCAACCUUGGAAUGUGUGUACAUAGAAGCUAUGGUGUAGAACAGCAACUAACCUCAGGCACAAGAUAAUUGGAAUAACUGGAAUUGUACGUCUUGUCAGUGUCAUCAUUAUCUUAAUGUUGCUGUGUACAGUUCUGCACUUGUUGGUUAUUUAUUUCAGCUAAACCUAUCAUACAGUUGCACUUUGUAGGUAUACAAUUAAUAACUGUUGUUAUGCACAACAUGUCAGACCCCACUACUCCAUACAGCAGUGGAAAUGGACCACUGAGCAGAUAUUUAGGUGGCAAACCAUUCUCUGUAUGCCAACUUUUGGAAAAAACAUGUUGUCUGGUCUUUUCCCAAUCUUCAACUGUCCAGUUUGGGUGAGUCUGUGCCUACUGUAGCCUCAGAUUCAUGUUCUUGGCUGACAGCAGUGGAACCUGAUGGUGUCUGCUGCUUGUGUAGCCCAUGUGCCUCAAUGUUUGAUGUGUUUUGUUCUCUGAGAUGCUUUUCUGCUAACCACGGUUGUAAAGUGUGGUUGUUUGUGCGUGAGUUACCAUAGCCUUCCUGUCAGCUUGAACCGUUCUUCUUCGCUCUGACCUCUCUCAUCAGCAAGGUUUUUCCACCUGCAGGACUGCUGUUCACUGCGUGUCUUUUAAUUCUGUUGUGCACCAUUGUCUGCAAACUCUUCAGACUGUUGUGUGUGAAAAGACCAGGAGAUCAUCAGUUUCUGAAAUACUCAAUUUUGAUGUUCAUUGUGAACAUUACCCGAUCUCCUGACCUGGAGCUGCAUUUUUUUUAUGAUUGUCUGAUUAAAUAACUGCACGAAUGAGCAGGUCUUCCUAUUAAAGCACAAAUGUAAGUUCAUUAAUAUUGUAAGGAAUGCGCUGCCCAUAGAAGAAAUGGUCAAGAUUAGAUGAAACUUUUUCCCUCUUUAAGGUUGGGUCUUUUUAA